AUGAAGAUGCAUAGCAGUGUCUUGGAUUUGAGGGGCAAAGCAAAGUAUGACGAGCUUCUCGUAGUCAUGAGAGCUGAAAUCGAUUUCGAUUCCAGCCAUGACUUGUUCCAUUCUCCCACCUCGUGCACCGGUCAGCCUUCGAUCUUCUCGAAGCCUCCGCCCUUCUCUACACUACAUUCACCGCCGCGUGGUUUUCGCUACAGCCGGGUCGUCAAUGGUGGAUCACUGAAUUCUCGGAAUGCAUUCUAUCGACAUCUCCGUCUACCUUUACGAGUAUCUCAACGCCCCUUCGAACGCGAAAGAAAGUCUGAGGCUCGAAUAAGUGAUCUCCGUGACAGAGACACGCAAGGCGCCGACAACGGACUGUUACUGACGGUACUUACGUCAAUGAGUACGGUGCAGAUGAAGACUGCUGCGACUCUGAUGGGGAGAAUGACAAUCCAACAAAGGGCAUCGUCGAGCGUCAAGCAAUUGUUUCAAAUGCAAGAUUCACUGGCUCCCAAUAGUCAUCAAAACGGCCACCCCUACACACACAUCGUCGAGGCCGUGGGUGGGUCUUACUUCAAGCCCAUCCUGGCAGAGACAAACAUAAUACGCAAGACUCUUAUGGCAUUCCGGUACGUGAUUACUUUCCUGGGCUAUAAACUCUAUAUUAACUACGAAGUAGGCUCCGAUGCGACUAGUGCUCUGCCAGAGCUUGAUAGGACCUUUGAUAGAAAGGUUGUCCUCGCAUCCGAUGUCGCUCAUCUGUACGAAUGGAGCGGAUUUUUCCAGUCCUGGUUAUGGGCUAAAUGGCAUUAUCUCACGGUUACCUCAAAGCAAGAGAAAUUCGGCCUUACAGCAGAUCGGACAAAUGCGUCUCUUCGCUUGACGUUCACCAAAUUUGGACUUGAGACUGGUGAUGAGCUCUUUAUGAGCGAAGAUAUAUUCCGUCGGUUGGAUUACGAUGCGAUCCUCGACUGGCAAAAUUCCAAGUCAAACCAAAACAUCAGUAACGCGAAAGGAUUAAGAGGCUGUAGAGCAGCAAGCUUCCCAGACUCGUCAUUAGCAAGCUACAAGCAAGUCUUGCUCAGCAUUCAUGUUGCGGAGAGACUGAUAUGA